UCCUUUUUACACGAUUGUAUCUAAAAUAUUACAAAACUAGUCAAACAUGUUACUAUGUUAAGAAUGAGUAAUAAUUUGAUAAUAACAUUUAGUAUCGUGUUAACUGUGUUACAAGAAUGUAAAAAAUAAAUAUUUAUAUUUUUUUUUCCAACACAGUACAGUAAAUAGUGAUUGGUAAAUAGAGAUGGGUGAACAUUUAGAAAAUAGACAUGUCUCUGACUUGACCAAUUUUUUCGAAAAUUUGCAGAGAACAAAUCAUUCAGUAUCUACCAUGCCUCUAACAUCAGAAAGUACGGACUCUAUCAGUACAAUGAAAACUGUAAAAGAAAUGGCAAAACAUUUUGAAAAUAGUACCUCGGGAAAUGUAUUGAACUUUUCAAAUGUCCAAAAACUGCAAAAUAUUCAAACAAUAAGAGGGAAAUCGCAAUAUAAAGCAUCAAAAAGUAAAGAACUCAAAGCAGGAGAUCAAGUUGAAGUAAAAUCUUGUAAAUUCAACAACAAAAUUUCAGAAUACGUAUGUGAUAAAAAUAUAUCUGCAACUUCGUCAAUAAGAAAUCUAGCAAAUAAUACAGAACGUAGCAAAACUAUUACAACAAGUGAAGAUUUACAAAAGAAAAGCAAACAAUUUAUGUCUAGUAGUAUAAAAAUUAGCGAAAAAAUCAAUAAAGAAGACGGAUUAUUUCGUAGUAGUGAACCAAUUCAAAAAGUAAGUCCUAAAAAUACAAAAGGAGAUGAGCUUGAAGAAAUUCGUAAAAAUCUGUUAUCCUAUAUGGAUAAAAUCAACGAAAUGAUGCAAAAUGAUGGGUAUAAUAUUGAUAGUGGCAAUAAUGAGAUUGAAAUAUGUGUCAAAGAUAAACCAGAAAUUAUCGACAAGCAAGACAUAGGAGUUCUCGAAGAAGCUUGUAACUUUAGCAUAUUUGAAAAUAAAAAUGCACUGAUAGAAAACUAUACAGAAGAAGAAAAACAAAUUUUAGGUAAUGAUUUGUUGAAAGCCACUGCAGUCACGAGUACAGGUGAUAUUGACAAUAUUGACAGAACCAGUAGCGAAAGUGGUAUUUUUGAUGAAGCAUCAAAUAGUUCUGAUAAUAUUUAUGAAGAAGUAUUCAUUGAUUCCAAUGAUCACUUGUAUCUGAAUUGCAAUUUUUAUGGCUUGUAUCCAAAGUACCAUAUUAACGAAAGCACGCUAUAUAAGAAUCAUGUCUUAAGUAACUAUCAACUAACAGAUACAAAAAACAAAUUAAAAUGUAUUAUUGAAGAAAUGAUACAAUCUGAAAAGGAAUAUAUUUUGGAUUUAUCAAUAAUUAUUUUUGAGUAUCAAAAACUGGUUAAGCUGGAUGGAAUCAGCAACUAUGAAGACAUUUUCGGAAACAUUGAAGAUAUCUAUAAGUUACAACUCGAGUUCUCUAAGCAGCUUGAAUUAUCAAAUCAACCUGAGGAUGUCUUGAAAACGUUUUGCCAACAUGAAACUUUGUUUAACAUGUAUCCAACAUUUUUUAAACAAACAUUAGACGGUAGCCAUGUUCUGGAAAAGUAUUCUGAUUUAUUACAGAAAAUUCAGAAGAAAACUAACAACCCACAAAAUCUGUCUUUUUACUUGGUAAAACCUCUACAGAGACUGGUCAAAUACAAGAUGUUUUUAGAAAGCAUAUAUAAGGAGCUUGAAGAAGAGCAAAGAGGGAUCUGGGAUACAUUCAAAGCCUUAAAAAUUGUAGAGUGGACUUUAUAUUGCGGAAAUCGAGAAGUUGCUAUUAGUUCUAUAUCAAAUAGCCCACUGAAGCCUGAAGAAUAUGGCGCAUUUAAGAAGGAAGACACAUUUUCAUUGGUCAGUCCAAAAAAACUAAAAGUGGCUGUAUAUUUAUUUAGUAAAGUUGUGGUUUUUGCUACGAAAACGAAAUGUACUAGUAGAUUUCAGUACUGGAAUAGUAUUUCAAUAAGUAGUCUUGGCAUAGUACUGACUCAUGAUAAAACACUACAUUUAGUGGAUUUUGAAAACAAAUCCAAAAAGAUCAAUUACGUCCUAAAAGCCAAAUCCAAAAAAUUGAAAGACGCAUGGUCAAAGGAAGUUGAAAACAUUUUGUGGAAAGAAUUCGAAGUACAAAAAGCGUCUACUAUGUCUAUAUCAUCAGAUUGGACAGGUUCUGUCGAUACUAUAAAAUCUGAAGAAGUUAUAUCAACACAUUCCGAAAAUAAUAGUUCAGAGAAUUCAUCGAAUACCGGAAGUGUUAAAAAUUUGCAAAAUAUUGAAGAAAUGUACGAAGAAAUAAAAAAUAAAAAAGCUGGAAGUAGUGAGGAUCUAGAAAAUUAUGGAAAUCUAUAUGAAAAUUCAAUAGUAAAUAAUCCUGCAGAUAAUGGUGCAUGUUGCAACAGUAUUUCAAACUGUGAGGAUUUAUACAAGAAUAGCAAACAAAUCUCUAAUUGUAAAAAAACUAGUGGUGGAAUAAGUAAUGAAACUAUAGAAAACUGUAAUGGAAAACCAAUUCAGGCAACGCAUCUUUAUGAAAACCUCAACGAUAUACAGAAAGAGGUGAUUGAAAAAUAUGGUAAAAAUGGGUUGUCUCAUAAAGAUGAAGCCAGUAACGUAGUUACUUUUGGAUAUAUUACUAAAAGUAUCGGUAAUGAGAGUGGUUUUUUUGAUGAAGCAGCAAACGGUUCUGACAGUAUUUAUGACGAUGUAUAUGAUGAUAGUGAUGACAUUACUGAUGACCACUCGUACACGAAUUGUAAUUGUUAUGGUUUUUAUUCCAAAAAUCUUAUCAACAAAAGUGUCCUAUAUGAGGAAAGUGUUUUAAGCAAUGAUCAGUCAGCUGAUACAAAAAAUAAAAUCAAAUUUAUUAUUGAAGAAAUGGUCCAAUCUGAGAAAAAAUACAUUUUGGAUUUAGAAAUAAUUAUAUAUGAAUAUCAAGAAUUGUUUAAACUAAGCGGAAUAAGUGACAUUGAAGAAAUUUUUGGAAAUAUCGAAGACAUAUAUAACAAGCAACUCCUUUUCUGUAAGCAGCUUGAAUUAGCCAAAGAACCUGAGGAUAUUUUAAAAUGUUUUUCCCAACAUGAGAGCUUGUUUAACAUGUAUCCAAUAUUUUUAAAACAAACCUUAUCAGCAAGUCAUGUAUUGGAAAAAUAUGAGGAAGCUUUACAGAAAGUUCAAAAGAAAACUAAUGAUCCUCUAAAUCUACCCUCGUAUUUGCUUAAACCUCUACAGAGGCUGGUGAAGUACAAGUUGUUUUUAGAAAAUAUCUAUAAGCAAGUCCAACGAGAAGAAAGAGUUGUCUAUGACUCUUUCGAAGCUUUAAAAAUCGUCAAGUGGAGCUUGUCUUUAGGUGAUCGAGAAGUUGCUAUUAGUUCCAUAGCAAACAGCCCUAUCAAACCUGAAGAAUACGGCGCUUUUAAGAAAGAAGAUAAAUUUUUAUUAGUCAGUCCAAAAAAACUAAACGUUGUUGUGUAUCUGUUUAGUAAAUUUGUUGUUUUUGCUACGAAAACUGAGUGUAGCAAUAGAUUUCAGUAUUGGAAUAGCAUUUCUAUAAAAAGCUUGAGUAUGGUACUUACAUAUGAUAAAACACUACAUUUAAUGGACUAUAGGAACAAAUCCAAAAAGCUGAACUACAUCCUUCAAGCCAGAACUGAGAGUUUGAAAAAGUUCUGGGCAAAAGAAAUUCAAGGUAUUUUGUGGAAAGAAUUUGAGGCAGAGAGAGAAAAGAGACUCAUGACUUUAUAAACUAAAAAUGUAAUAAAAAAAAUCACAUGGAAAACAUUGUAUUUUACUAUUUUAUUUAUUCUUUAACCGAAAAAAGGUAUAAUACACAUGGCAAUAUAAGUAAUUUUAUAUAAUAAGCAUAAGUAAAGUUUGUAUAAUCUAA